ACCAAACAGAUGGCUGAAACAAACAUCUUUCCUAAAUUAAGCUACAUGUGGAAGCCUAGAAUCUAUGUAGGGUACAAGAAAGCUACAAGCUGGAAGGAUUGGAGGGGUGGGGUUGAAGGAGGGAGGAGGAGGAAAAGACAGGAGGUGGAGAAUAACAGUGAAAGCAGCAGUAAUACAGCCCUUCGGAGUCUGCAAAGCAUCACAGGAGCCUUUGGAUAAAGAGAUGCAGCCUUACAGCAAGCCUAUACAAGAGAAGAUUUCUGCUCAAUGGUGAAGCAUGAAACAGGUGUGAUGAAGCAGCAUGGAGCUAAGGAGAGGAAAGACCUUCAUUAAAUCUAGUUUCCAGCUGACCCAUGAGAAAACACCACUGGUACAUGUAGUUCCUAUGGACAAGGACAAUCUGGGAAAAGAUAAACAGCUCACAGCUGAGGGAAGUCAAAGCGAAGUUGAAGUUCAACAGGCGUGUUUAGUUGCACACAAAAAUUACAGUAUUUCCAAUAGAACAACAAGGAAUGGGGCUGGUGAAACCAUCCCGUCUCCAUCUGGGUCUUCCUACAAACUAGUAAGAAAGAGUAAAACUCAUGACUGUGUGAUAGGGGCAGACAAAACUGAACCAUGGAGCCACAAGAGCAAAGCUUGUGAGGUGGGGUCUUCUGGAAGAAGCAAAGGGCGACUUGUCAACAGCAUCAGCUUUUCUGGGGUGUGCAACACCCUGAAUUCCAGUGAGAAGAAGGAUUCAGUUGUCAGUCCCAGUCAGUCCACAUGCAGCAGUCAACAGAUGAUAGAUUACAGAAACUUUGUGCCACAGAUGCCUUUUGUACCAGCUGUAGCAAAAACUAUUCCCAGGAAGAGGAUUUCCCUCAAGAGAUCUAAGAAAGGGCUCAGGGAUAUAUUUCAUAUUAAAAAAAAUAAACCAGAGGGUUUAACACUGUUAGUUGAAAAGGACAAGCAGCUGUCUUCCCCAGGGUGCAAAAGUGAGGUGUCAGGCAGGCUUGGAAAAUAUCUUUUCAGAACUGGAGAAACAUUUGCAGCUGACUGCUUGGCCCAAGAUUUCUCAGACAGUGAGAUGCAGUCCGACUCCUCCUAUGACUACUGCAAUACACUGUGUGAAGAUGUUGCUUCUCUGAAGAGUUUUGACUCUCUCACAGGAUGCGGGGAAAUCUUUGCAGAUGAGAGUUCAGCUCAUCUGGAGCUGGAAAACAGCAAAGAACUUCUUCUGAAGAGAACCAAGCAAAAAGAGAGCCCUGUCUUAGGGUCUUUCCAGGGCGGGGUGGAACAGCUGGCAUCUCCUGCUCAGAAUGAGGCAGCUGACUUUGCAAAAUUUUGGGACAACAUCAACAAAUCAGUGCGAUUGCAUCAAAGUGCAUUAUUUGAUAAGAAGCUAUUGGAGAUACCCAGUCCUGACCUGGGAAAGGUUGCAAACACAGCUGCUGCUUCGGUGGCUGACCUGCAAGUGUCACCCGAUAAAGACUGUGACCAUUCCAAAGAAAGUUCCAUAGACACGGGGACACCAAAAAGCGACCACCAGGAAUCCACAUCCACCAGUGAUGAAGGGUACUACGAUUCAUUCUCCCCUGGGCAAGAUGAUGAAACGAAGGAAGCUCAAACGCCUGGGAUUCCAGGAAGAUUUCCAAGAGACAGUUACAGUGGGGAUGCUCUUUACGAACUAUUUUAUGACCCUAAUGAAGCCAAAAUAAAUCCAAUCCUAGAUGAUGAGCUCUGCCUGUCUGAAAGUGUGUCAGAACAGGCCAUUGAAAUCCCCCUAUCAAUUUACAGCUUUCAUGUUGGAGCAGAGGAGAAUAUGGCUUCCCAGCCAGCGGUUGACAUCAUCAGCCAGGGCUUUCUUCACAGCACAUGGAAAGGCAAGGAGUGUUUGCUAAAGCUCUGUGAUACUGAGCUUUCCCUGACCAUGGGAAUAAUAAACUGGCUGCGAAAACAUUCAGGGUUAGUUUCCCCCACAGACUCUGUGAGCAGUCCUAAAUCAGAGGUGGAGGAAAACAGAGAUCCGCUAGUCUCCUGUAGCUCUGAUCCUUGCCAAAGUCUGAACACAGCAGCUGAGAAGGAGAAACAAAUCAAGGGAGAACCUAAUCUUUCUAACCCAGAGCCUUCUUUGGGUUAUAGCAAAGUUGCGGGCCAGCCACAUUUAGUAAAUGUUGCUGAAAAAGACCAAACAAAUGUUUCUGGGUCUCACACACCUCAUGAGUAUUUCCAGGAAAGGGAACGAAAUUGCCACAGAGACCUGGCUUUUGAACCUGAGUGUGCAGAAGCCAACAGCAUAUCAGGUAACAUGCCAACAUCAGAGGUUAAUGGAGGCUAUUUGCAGACAUGUUCACCUGAAAGAGAGAAGAUGGCAGUUUCAGAAGAUUGUGAAACACCAGAAGACAAAAAUCUUUCAUCUGGAGAUCUGAACAGGGAGACUAUUUUCCAGAGCUCUCAGAACUCUUUCUUAAAUGACAACCAUGAAGUGGAAUCAUGUUAUUCCUAUAAGACAGCUGCAACCUCCCCAAUGGAUCCCCUAGAGACAGCAGAUGAAAAUAAAACAACGUACCAUUCUUUGUCUAUUUCCUGUGACAAACCAAUGCAGCCUCUUACUUUGAAACAUUUUCAGAGCUACGUUAGCCCCACACAGACAGAAAACAGCACUAACAUUGUGCAGCUUUUGGAACGCUGUGUAACUCAAGUUGCAUCCCUAAAAAUCAGCUAUGAAAACAAACACCGGGAAGACAAAUGCAUUGGGAGUGAAAUGAACAAUAUCAUUUGUAAAAUGUCUCAAUACAAAAACAAGUUAUUGUUGCAAAAUGAAUGCAACUGCAUCACCCAAAGCUCAGAAUGCCCUGGCUUUCUUUAUGCAAACGAAUGUAAUUAUGAAACAAGCUUCAAAGCCAGUGAUUUGUAUCACAUGAAACAAAAUGGGGAACUAAUUUGCUCUGAAGAUCAGAAAAACGGAACAAGUAUCCUAGAUCAGAUGAGUCACAUCACCAGGAAUGAAAUCAAUUUUGAAUAUGCCCAGUUAAAUAAUCAAUCCCUCUCUUAUUUAAAAGACUUCAGCCUUGAACUGAGCCCAAGUGAUUCUGUCACUAUGACACCCAUGAGCAGGCCUACGUUUUUACCUCUUUUCAAAUCUGUUUGCUCAGACAUGCCCAGUGAGUUUUCACAAGCCUCCCACAGAAUGAAGAGUUCCCCAGACAAACCACUGCAACAUAAUGAAUCUAAACAGGGCAGCCCCUGCUCGUGCAGUUAUACCGAAGGCCACUACAAAGUACUGUCUCAAGUGGCCACUGUGCCUCAUAACCCAGAGGUAUCUGCCACAGAGGGAGCAGCGACAGAGAGGAACCAUAAAUAACACACCUGCUUUAACAAGGUACAACAAAGAAGAAUCCAGCUGUAAAUAAUGAUGGCUUUCCAGUUGUGUCUAUGUAGUAAGAUUCAGUCACACUGAGGUAAUACUCAUGUCAGAAGCAACCAGGAUUUCUCUUCCAGACACCCUUGGAGACAAGUGUAGAUGAAAAAUUAUGCUCUUCUGUUAUCUUAUUAACAAAUACUGGUAGGAGCACAUGACAGCUUCAUACUAUUGAAUCCAGGUUUGCAAAUGAAAAUGCUCCUCCAUCCCUCCCCCCCAACUGCAAUGAGAUAUUGCAAAAGCUAAAUUAUGACAAGAAUGCUUAACAAAAUGGAUAGCUUUUCUGUCAUAUUGUACCAUGUGACAGUCUUUCAGGCAACUGAAAACACUUUUUUUUUUUUAAAGUGAAGGUAUGUGAUGAAUAAGAAUUACAUAUGAUUUAAAUAAUUUAGACAACUUUACUUCUUUUGAAAAUGUGAAUCUGUCAAACUUUACAGAAAUGGUGCAUUUUAUUGUAACAGUUUAAUCUUAAACUCAACUGUGCAUAUUACAUGUGUGUGUAUAUAUAUAUAUACACACACACCAAGAUUUACUACUUGGACUAAGACAUUCUGUAAAUAGGGAGAUAAAAUUACUAGAAAGUAUCAAAGACUUUGCCCUAUCCCAUCCAAAGAUGUUUGUUUACCGUGUACCAUAAUUGGGAAGGGGUAUCAAACAUGGUGUUUGAGAAUUACUAUUAAAAAGAUAGAUUGUUCAUUUCUGUUUUAAGGGAAGGAAAACAAUGUUUAUGUAUCAAACAACUGCUGUACUGAAUGCUGUACAGAAUUUUAUUUUUCUAAUUUAGAACCCAAUCUCAGAACUUGAGGUAACCACCAAUUUACCUUUGAUUUGCUAUGGUGGUUUAGGCCAAGAGAGUCCUUAUUUUUGUACGACGGUUGUAGCCUGUGUUCAAUUACAAAUUUUCACAUACCGUCAUGGCAUACAGCAUUAAGACUAGGUAAAUAAAAAUUCUUUGGUGAUGUAGUGGUUCUUUCUGGCCUUAAAAAGAAUGAAGAGGCCAUUAGAUCAUCUUGUCUAGUUUUCUGCUUCAGGCAGGGCUUAACAUCUGAUGCUUUAGUGCUUGGUGGAAAAGCGUCCCGUAAAUGCAUGCAGAAAAUUGUUUGAUGUAGUUAGAGAGAAAAGAAUGAGGUGAUGGACUAUAAUUCCUUCCCAACUCCCCUAAUCAUUUAUGUCUUGAAGUAAGUGAUGUUACACUUCAUGUACAUACUUACUGCUAUUAGUUGCUAAAUCCCUUGCCCUUUUUAAAACACAACCAGCCACAUUAGUUUGGCCUUGUCUAUACUUUGCAGAAUCUGAAUUGAUUCAAGACAUAUGGCACCAAGAACAUAAUUCACCAAAGGGUCAGAUAUGGCACAUGCUUUCUAGAAAAGCUUUCCUGGGGUAGCUAUGGAAUAAAAAUUCCUCCUCAGGGCACUAACGUUUCCAGUACAGGCCAUCUUUCAGCAUGGAAGAUUUUACACUAAAAACCAGUCUUCUCAAGUAUACAUAACUACCCAUGACUGUCCAACUGCAGGCUGCUAGGGAUUUGCCAUUUAGAAUAUAAAGGGCCCCAAAUCCCAAACUACUCAUCACAUAAGCAUCCCUUCAGAAAUGCUAUGACACGCUAUCCGUGGGCUAAUCAAAUAACAACAAACAUAAGGCUUACGUUCCAGCAAUAGAGCACAGUUAUAUAAGAACUUUUUGUCCUUCACAAACCUCUCUUCCUUUGGAAUUAUUCAGCUGGCUUCUUUCUCUUUGCCACGUUUACUUCCUAUCACUGCAAUUUUGUUGGCUGAUGAGAGCAAAAGCCAGGAUUUCUCCAUACCAUUAACAUAUUUCAAACCUCAUACCUCCACUGCUUGCAGGCUAAGUAAGAAGAGAGAGGGAGGAAAAAAUCAAAGUAAUGGAAGUAGAGAAGUCACUUAGCUCUUCAUCUGCUCCUCUCAAAGCACUUGUCAGUACUACUACUCCCCUUUUUCAGAGGCACAGAGUGCUGAAGUGACUUGUCUAACUGUCCUGGUUUCCCUUUCCACAGUCUGCUGGUUUCUUCCUGUUUCUUCCACUCACUUCCUGGCUCUACCUAUUGCUUUCCUUUUGUCCCUCAGCUGACUAGGCUAAAAAUACCUUGUGCUUUCCUUUCCUACUCCCCAUCCUCCAUCAUAGGCCCUUGCCCAAAUAGUCACACUGAGGAGGUCGUUUAGAGUCCUUCUAUUUUCUUCACACUACUUACACUCCGUGGCUCUUUCUACCGAGGAGGUUUUCUUAAAUUUUUUAAUCAUUACAUCAGUGCUAGUACAGGCUCCUCCUGUGUCUCCUAUUUUUUUUAUGAUUCUACAAGUUUCUACAAGGAGGACUUAGGCUAGUCGUUAAAAGGUACGUACUAACUAGGGGGUGGUUAAGCAUUUGAAUGGAUUAGCUGGGGGGAAGAGGGUGCGAAAUCUGUCCCUAGGAGUUUUUAAGUAGAGAAGCAACAAAAUAUGGCUCAAAUGGUUUAGAUGCUGAUGACCCUGCUAUGAGCAAAGGCUGAGCUAGAUGACCUCUUGAAGUCCCUUCCAGCUCUCUUUUUCUAUGAAUGCGUGUUAUUCUGUGGUGUACUUGUAAAGGCUGGUUGACUGUGUUCUUACCACACUUGUCCAAGUCUAGCAUUUACACAUGAAUCCCUAUACACUCUUUUUUAGCUGAAACAGAGCAGUUUAAAAGUCUGCUAUAGUCUAUAUGCUGACAGUCUUUUAGUCCAGGCAGUGAGAGUCAGAUUUUUAGAUUCAGAGGUUCACGGUUCAGCUAUUUAUCAUUACUAUAAAAAGCAUAUCCAGGGUCAAUGCAUUAAAGCAUAUGGCAGCCACUGGGUUAUUCCAACUCCUUCAAUUACCAUUACCCAGUGAAGCUGUGUGUGCUGGUUGUAACAGGGGGAAAAGUUUGAAAAUGUUCAGUAUGGAAAAUAAUUUACUUAAAUCUACCUUUAUUUGAGGAAAAAAAAAAGUGAAUCUCUCUCAUGACCCACGUUGAAUCAGAUAGCAUCCCAAACACUUGCAGCACACUGGUUUGGAAACUGACAUUUGGUCCAAAUGGUUGCACUGGACAUGUUUUCUUUUCUUGGGUGAAAAAUUAAGAGUAUCUUGGUACGUUCAGCCUGUAUAAUGUGAAUCUCCAUUGUAAUAUCCAGUUUGACUUACUUGGGUGUCUUUAUCUAAUGGAUUAGCAAGUCUGUUUAGUUUAGACAUCUUCAAGACCUAUUACAUUUUAAAUGACUGGCAUGUAGGAAGUAAGAUGAAUGAAGAAAGCCUAUGAAUAUGUUUUAAGAUUGUUAGAUUUCUUUUGUGGCUAAAGAUACAUUUGGUCGGUUUCUAUUCAACCAGACAUUUUUCUUGGUCCUGCACCCCAAGAUGUGUAAAGGGAGUGUUACUGGAUUUGUUGUUUGCGCAUAUACAAGAUCAUAGAUCCAAAGAAAUGGGUAGUUUCUUAAGUAUUAAAAGCAACCUGUGAAGAUUGAGAGAAACAUGUUUGCAUCAUAGGUCUUUUCUGGUCCAUUGUGAUGAAGAAAGAGUCUCUGAAAGGAAUAUUUGUGCUAACUAAAUCAAGUGUCAUUCCCACUUUCAUUGCAAAACUCAUUGAGGAUCUCAAAGAUAUAUGUUGAUUUCUCAGCUGUUGACACUUUAAUGAAUUGUCUUCCAAAUUUUAUAGGACGGGAGUUAGAACACUUAUAAAACACUGCAUGCUUAUAAAAAUGAUAUAUAGUCUGAAUAAAAAUAACUUUUCAAUAAAACCAUCAGGUUUUACUUGCAUAAUAUCUGGUAUUUGACCAAUCAAAGAGGCUACCACUUUUCCAAGAGAAAUCUGGUGGACCAGGCACACAUUUUUAAUCUGAGACAUGCCAAAUGUUGUUGGUUUUGGACAAGGCUCACAAUUUUCAUGGCUUCUUUGUAUAUCAUAAAAAGGGUAUAAACUACUCCUCCUUUCCUUUAAAGAAUGUAUAUUACCAGAUGAAAUUCAGUGGAGUUUUGAGGAUUGGCAAAAAUAGAUAUAGAAAUACUUUUCUAUGCAUUAUGUAAGUUAGCACAACUGUCAAAGGAGUUGUGACUGCACAUACCAGCAAUGACAAUUUAAGAUGUUAAAAAAUGAUAUAUUAGAACAACAUGAAUGAUAUUAAUAAGAUGUACAAUACAAUUUAAAGCAUUUCAUUAUAAUGUUAUACUAGUCUACUAAAAUUCUUUUUGUCUGAAAGUAACAUCAACAUAUUUGAGUUCUAUCAGAUACAACAUUAAUGAUGCAUAAUUUACAAUUUUGUAAGUGCUAGGGUGGAUGGAAAAUUUGUCAUUAAAAGAGAGGAUGAAAAGUUAAGCACUAAGCAGGGCCUAGCAACCAAAGGAUGUUUGGGAAUGUAGUAAAAAA